AAAAUAUCUUGAGUCAAUGAGACUAGAGUUCAUCAGGAGAAGCUGAAAAGAAACAUUUUCAGAUUUUGACUGAGUGGAUUUUAAAAUCUCUAACAUGAACAGGCUGAACAUGUUGCAGCUCCUGCGUGUUUCUGCGUUGUGCUUCUACCUUCUCCCUUCUCUGCUCUGUGAAAACUUGCUUUGCUACUACAGCCCUAUACUGGAAAACAACAGGAAGUUUGAACUUAUUGUGACAGAGUGUCCUCCUGAUGAGGUGUGCUUCAAGGCAGCAGGUCACUACGGCAACUACACUGCACUGUCCGCCAGGGGCUGCAUGACGGAAGAGGGCUGCAGUCGGGUGCACAGCAUCCGCAUCAAAGGGACGGUCUACACGAUGAGCUACAGAUGCUGUGACCGGUGGUACUGUAACUCGUGUGUCACGGUGAAGCCUCUGUACGCCGCUUUGACACUUGUUGCUGUGAUGGCCUGCAGCUUGUAAAUGGAAAUGCAGCCUCAGCCUUGAUCAAGGCUGAGGGCCUGUGAAGGUGUGAAUGUCCAGUCUGAAAAUACUGAGAUGUACACCAAAAUGAUGGCUGAGAAUGCUUUUUUAUAUUAAUUUAUCUUUAGAAAUGUAUUUAUGUUUUUACU